GCGGGGCGGAAGUGCGGACUUCCCGGCUCCGUCCUCCUGCCCUCACUGGAUAGGAUCGAGGCUCCUCCGGUCGCUGCAGCCGCCGGUCCGCCGCCACCGGCCGUGCUCCCAGCUCAGGCUACCCUGCCCGAGCCCGGCACCAAGAAGGGUCCCUGCUGACUUUCAGUCUGAUGCCCGUCCAACCUUAUGACCACUUGGAAUGGAAUGAUUCUAUGCACUCCCUUCGGAUAACUGUAGGUGGACUUCCUGUCCUUGCGUCCAUGACCAAAGCUGCUGACCCCCGCUUUCGUCUCCGCUGGAAGGCAAUCGUAGUAUCCUCACUGUGCUUUGGUAUUGUAUUAUUGCUACUGUGCUUCCACCGUUCAUCCACAGCAAGGACAGUCCCGCCCAACGUCCACAACCGGAGGCUCAGUCAGUUUUCUGGUGACCGUUACAAUGAUACCUAUCCUCUUUCACCACCCCAGAAGACUCCCAAUGGAGUUCGAUACCGAAUUGCAGUUAUCGCUGACUUGGACACUGAAUCUAGGGCCAAAAAAGAAAAUACCUGGUUCAGUUACCUGAAAAAGGGCUACCUCACCUUGUCAGAGAGUGGAGACAAAGUGACUAUAGAGUGGGAUAAAGAAGAUGGAAUCCUGGAAUCCCACCUGGCUGAAAAAGGAAGGGGCAUGGAACUCUCAGAACUGAUUGUUUUCAAUGGAAAGCUCUACGCAGUAGAUGAUCGAACUGGGGUGGUCUACCAGAUUGAAGGCUCCAAGACAGUGCCUUGGGUGAUCCUAUCAGAUGGAGAUGGUACAGUAGGAAAAGGUUUUAAAGCCGAAUGGCUGGCUGUGAAAGAUGAGCAUCUGUAUGUUGGAGGCCUGGGCAAGGAGUGGACCACUACUACUGGUGAAGUGAUGAAUGAAAACCCAGAGUGGGUAAAGGUGAUUGGCUACAAAGGAAAUGUAUAUCAUGAAAAUUGGGUGUCUAACUACAAUGCUUUGAGAGAGGCAGCUGGGAUUCGCCCCCCAGGUUACCUAAUUCAUGAGUCAGCUUGUUGGAGCGACACAUUGCAGCGAUGGUUUUUCUUGCCCCGUCGAGCCAGUCAUGAACGUUACAAUGAGAAGGAAGAUGAGCACAGGGGUACCAAUCUUCUCCUCCAUUCUGCUCAAGACUUUGGAGACAUCUCCGUGAGCCACAUUGGGGAAGUAACCCCAACACAUGGCUUCUCUUCCUUCAAAUUCAUUCCUAACACAGAUGACCAAAUCAUCGUGGCCCUGAAAUCAGAGGAGGAUAAUGGCAAAAUUGCUACCUACAUCAUGGCCUUCACUCUAGAUGGACACUUCCUCCUCCCAGAGACCAGGAUUGGGGGUGUAAAAUAUGAAGGAAUAGAAUUUAUUUAAAACAGAAGAGAGAGAAAAGACUUUUUUAUGGAACAGAGUCAAGUGGCUAGAAUAUGUAAGCUGGUUUUAUACAAAUGAGAGGACUUUAGAUUUUUAUUUUUAUGAUUUCUUUCUUUUUUUGCUGCAGUGAGAGAUGUGUGCCCUGAUUGGGUGGUUGCCAGAGGAAGGAGAUCAGUUGAGGGGAUAUCAGUUCCAAGGUUUCCUUGCAGUUGCUGAAAUGGCCACAUCUUCAGUAAUUGACCAGUGGCUUGUGUUAGUGGUGGUUGUGCCAUGGUGUGUUCCCACAUUGGCACCUGGUGGUAAAAGACAGUCAUUAUCUUCAAUUCUGCCCAUGCUGUGCAGUUCACUUCCUGCUGCAGGACUUGUGAGCAGUUCCAGCACCUAAUUUCCACCACUUCCAUUUUCUUGAGGAAAAUAUUCAAGAGCCAGUAGAGAUUGGGGGGAAAGAUGGCCUUGAUUAGGGAAUCUGAGUCUGUGAAUACUAAUACUAAGGUACCAGGAGCUAAUAAGUGCCCCGAGAAAGAAGGCCAACACUUUUCUUUUUCCAAGUUUUAUAUAAGAUAAUCUCCCUCUCAGUGGCAGCUGACCUCAUUUUACCUUUUUGGGGCAAGCUACAUUAUAGCAGCAUGGCACUUUUAAGUCUAACUUAUUUUAAGAAACAAUAAUGUCCUUUAUUAUAAAAUUGAAUCACCAAAUUUAAUCACACAACAGGAAGCCCUAUACUUAAGUCAUUCACCCAUCAGAUAUAAGUGGCCAUUGGGACAGUCUGUUCUGGGUCAAGACUAAAAAAUAUAUCCAUACAGUGAAAGAAUGUUGUAAUUAGAUAGUUCUAGUUAGUAAAGCAACUUUUAAAAUGGUCUUGAGCCCUGGGGCAGCAGAUAGGAAGUUAACAGAAAAAGAAACUUUAAGCUUCUUCAGGAACAAAUUGGAAACACUCAUAUCACCAAAAGCUUUCCCAGAGGCCUUGAUUUUUCACUUUCUUCCCUUUUAAGUGGAAUGAUGGUUUCAGACAUAAAUUUAUGUUCCCUGGACUUCUUUAUUCCUUGGAACUUAGUGUUUGGAGUUGAUGCCCAAGCUCCAAAUUUCCCUGAAAUAAUUUUAGUGGGGCAUUCAUCAUCCUACACCCUUCUAUCAUCUCACCUUGAUCCUCAGGCUGCCUCUUGUUUUCCUGAUGUCUUCUCUCAACACUCCUUGGUACAGGCAAGGUAGCGUGGAGAGAGAGAAUAACUAGGAAGAAGACGAAGAAGGGAAGUUUCUCUCAGUGUGCAGUGUUCCUCCCUAAAAUAACUACCUCAUUUUCUUAUUUUGUUUUCCCUAUAAGAAAAACUGUCCAAUUGAUGGGUAUUAAGGAUGGGUGAGCAAAAUGAGAGGAUCUUCCUUCCUGGUUUAAUCAAUGACAACUUUUUCACAACUUGAAACUUUGAUACAGUUUCUUAGAGGGAAUCCAGCUAUGACCUUUCUUGUUCUGAAGGUCUCUGUUUCUUUAUGCUGUAAACAAAGGGGGAGGGGAGUAAAUUUAAGUUAUUGAAUAAUCCUCAUUUACCUAGAACUUAUAGGCACUAAUUCACCUCCAACUGGUAUACACAUGUGCCCCGAACUAGGCUGUCUGUAUCGUCUCCUCUCCUCUUUCUUCUGUUUGGCAAAUGUCAGCUGUGUGCGGACUGCACAAUUAAAAAGCAAAGAGGUUGUGGGAGGACAUGGAAAAUUUAAGAGAAUCAUUAGUUUGGAAUAUUUUAUGCCAGUUUUAAAGUCAGGCAUGAGGAGGACCUUUUAAAGUGUUUUGAGGUCAAUAAGAAUGACUUUUGACUCCCAGGCUUGGCAUUAGUGGAUUCAGCAUUUAUAACAUGGUCGGUGAUUUGCCAGUAUCUUUAAAUUGUUCUGCCUUUUUUUUUUCCUUCCCUCUCUCUUUACUACUGUAAGUAAACACAGUGAUUGUGUUCCUUGCCUGCUGGAUCCAUGUGUUAUAAUAAAGUUUCAGAGGGGAA